AAUCACACUGUUGCGACGUACUUUGUUCCAGCUACACGUGCGACAUCGUUCUACCACCACAUUAUUUUCCUUAUUGGCACAUAAAAUAUCAAAGACCAAUAUUCGCACCAAGCAAUCUAACCAGUCUCACCAUGGAUCGCAGUUUGGACGAUACGAUUGCAGAGCGUCAAAGACGAGAAAAUCGCGGUGGUCGUAGGGCUCCUCCACCGUCCCGUCGCAGAGACUUCAACUAUCCUCGCGAUGGAGUCAGAAAGUCCACAAGAGAUGACCAAACGAACCUAGACAAUGACUGGGUUCACGAUCGAUAUGAUGACGAACCUGACAGCUAUGCUGGCCAUGAUCGCUCUAAAGAACGCAGAGACCGCCGACGAGACCGAUCGCCCGAGCCCGACCAAAAACCACCACCUCCGGCUAAACUUCGAGUUGACAAUCUGCACUACGACCUGACCGAGGAUGAUAUCUAUGACCUGUUCACGCGCAUAGCCCCCGUCAUAGACGCUCGGCUUCGCUACGACCGAGCUGGACGUUCCGAAGGAGUGGCUUUCGUCACUUACGAACAUGUCGCAGACGCUAGAGCCGCCAUUCGUGACUUUGAUGGCGCCAACGCGAAAGGACAGCCUAUUCGACUCACUCUUCUACCGCUUCCACGACGGGACAAUCCUUUCGAUCGGGUGGAGAAUCCGAAGAGCCUGUUUGACAGAAUCGAAGCCCCGGGAGGUCGAAACCGCAGACGUAGUGAGAGUCCUGUGGGUGAUGUUCAAGAGGACCGAGCAGCUCGCCGCGGAGCCGGGAGAGGAGGACCUAGGGAUCGAAGGAGUGACGUGACAAAGCCAGCUCCCGAGAACAUUGAUCGUUACAUUCCGGGACGUGACAGCAGAAGUUCAAGCCAUCGUGGAGGCCGAAGACCGGGUGAACGACGAGAGCGUGCUGCCAGAGAUGCAGAUGGGCACAAGACGAGCAAUGGUCGACCACGGAAGACAGCUGAAGAACUUGACGCGGAGAUGGACGACUAUUGGACGACGGCCGGCACUGCGCCAGGACAGAAUGGCAGCGGAGAUGCUACAGUUGCACAACCGCAUGGGGAUGACAUUGACAUGAUUGAGUAAACAAAAGACGGAGCUGCCUUUAAAAAUUGUGUUUGUAUAACUCGCGGGAUUCUUUUACUGUUUUACGGGGCAACUUGGAGCCAAAAAAAAAGGAAAAAGCCCAAGAUCGGUUACUGUCAGACUUUGUGCUAGCAGGAGCCCAGCAAAUCCUUUCAAUCGAUCAAUUCAUCUUCCUGCGGUCUUGAGAGCUUUCCAAUCUCACGCGAUCCUCAAGGUAUCUCGUUGUUCAAGUUUAUCAUUGGCAUUCGAUGCUCAGUUGAGCUUGGACAGUACAAAUUGCUCUACAGCAUCUAGGCCUUCAUCUGCACCACUCCCCUCUGCGGUCUUUGGAAACAUGAUAUACCCAUGUGGUGCGCCAGGGAUGAUCUUGACAAGGGCUUCUCCGCCGGCCAUCAGCCAUUUGCUGCUCAUGAACAUCGUGUCAUCCAGUAGACAGUCUUCCGUCCCACAGGUGUACAGUGCCGCCGGAAGUUUACCCUGUAGAGACUCGAGGUCGGCGUAGAGGGGACUGACGGAAGGGUGCAUUUUGUCGGCGUCAGACAUGCCUGGGAGGAAGGCAUCGCGGAACGCUUCCAUCAAAUCUCGAUCGAGCACGAGGACGCGAGGCUUUUGGAAGUGAUAGACCCGAGGCGUCCAUACCAGGGAGUAACAGCCGAAAUGCAGCAAGAGGCCUUUGAAUCGGAAAUCCGCGUAUCGAGGCACGGAAUGUUGCAGCAGGUGCAGCGCGACCAGCA